AUGAUAGAUAAUAACUCAGAAAUUCUAGAAUUAUUUUCUGAAAAUAUGGAAAUAAUACCAGAUGAGAAUGCAGUAUAUGAUUAUAAUAACCAGAAUAAUCCUAUUUCAAAGACGCUUCUAUAUGGGUUAGAUGAAGUACAUGAAGUUAUUUCAAAGUAUUUUGAAGUAGAAACGUUAAUUGAACCUGUUAAAUUUAUUUUUAAGAUUGAGUUAGAUCAAAAUCUUCUUACCAUAACUUCUUUAGACCAAUUAAACUUAGUUAAUGAAAAUGAUUUUAAGAUAAUUGAAAAUAAGUUUCGCCAACUUGCCAAUACAAUUAUCAUACCUCUUGAGUCAGGUUCUGGUUAUUACUGGGAAAUCUGUAAAGUAUAUUUAAAUAGUAACAAGAAAAGAUUUUCAGAUUCUGGUACAGUAUAUCUUGGCUGCACAAUGUGUAAGGACCGAGCUUGGAAAAAGCCAGAUAACCAACUAUCUAAAAGAAUUAGUGAAAUUCGCACACCAAUUAACAGAUAUAGCUAUGAAGGAAGUAUUAGAAUUACUAUAUUUCCAGAAAACCAAUAUGCUUUA